UGCACACACACCAGGUGGAAGUCAUUCCUUUGAUUGACUUUUCCCUAUCAGAUGGAAUAAAACUGCACCCAGGCCCAGAAUUCAGUAUGCAGUCACAAUGGCUUUCAUUUGGGAUUUGUUGGUGUGCUUCUGUCUGGGGACUGCUAUGAUGGUGAAUGCAGAGCUGAGGGUGGACUGCAGGCCUGACUACAUGUCACUGGUUUGGACUGACGGUCGGUCACAGGCUGAUCCUUCCCUGUUCCGUCUUGGUAGCUGCUUUCCUACAACUGUCGGCCCCCGGGAGGCAACUUUUAGUGUGACAUUUGAUGACUGCAACUUCAGGAGACUUGUAACUGGAAAUGAGCUUAACUACACCAAUGAACUCAUCUACACAUCUUCACCUGACUCAUAUGUCCACCCUUUUAGUCUCCCAGUUGUCUGCUCAUUUGAGAGGCCCAAGGACUGGUAUCCAUUGACUUAUGACCCAGUGUUUUCCACAUAUGGAGUAGAAGACUUGAUCUUUCACAUUGGACUAAUGAAGGCUGACUUUAGUGGACCUGCUGAGUCUAAUGUCUUCCCUCUGGGCUCCAUGAUUCCUAUCUUGGCUGCUGUGGACCAGCAGGCCCAUCAGCCUCUUCUGCUCCUUCUUGAGGAGUGUACAGCCUCAACCACACCUGACCUUCACCCUGGAGCCAACUUGUAUCCACUAAUCACAAAUAAGGGAUGCCUUGUGGAUAGUAAAGUUUCACGCUCAAAAUUUGAACCAAGACGUCGACUGUCUGAGAUAGACUUGUCUAUUCAAGCCUUUAGAUUUGCACUGGGACAGGAGGUGUUCAUCCACUGCAGCCUGGUUGCAUGGGAUCCAAAUGGACUUGAUGACACAAAGAAGGCCUGCCACUACACAAAAGAUAAUGGCUGGGAGUUGCUGGACAACCCUGCAUAUAAUAACCUGUGUGACUGCUGUGAAUCCACCUGCAAGUCAAGGAAAAGGAGGAAUCUGUCAGAAAAGCAUGGCUUGGCAAAAAAGGCAGUUGUUGGACCACUCACCAUAACAGCCUGAAGUCUCAAUGUUAACUGCUCAUGUAUUUUAAGCUGUAAAUGUUGCAGUGAUAUUAAAGAUUUAUGACUUA